AUGGCCACCGUAGACGAGAAGCAUGUCAAGACUGUGGUUGAAAGCCCAGACAGCCAAAGCGAUGACGUCCGUCCAGAGAUUGACUGGUCACCUGAAGAGGAGCAGCGGCUCGUUCGGAAGGUUGACUUACUCAUCAUGCCCCUUCUCAUUCUUGCCUUCUUUGCCCUACAACUGGACCGCGGAAACAUGUACGAACCCUGUGGAGCGAGGAAAACCAUAAUCUGA